AUGGCCUCCGUUGAUAUCCCGGCGAUCCUCGCUACCCUCACUCUUGAGGAGAAGGUCUCCCUUCUUGCUGGCAAGAACCUCUGGGAGACUGUUCCUGUCCCAUCCAAGGGCGUCCCCAAUGUCAAGGUUUCAGAUGGACCCAACGGCGCUCGAGGAGCUUCCUUCGCCGGAGGCACCACCGCUGCCUGCUUCCCUGCCGCCUGUCUCAUGGCCUCUACCUUCGAUGUGAAGUUGGCAAAGAGAAUCGGCUCUGCCCUGGCCGAGGAGACCCAGUCUAAGGGUGCUCGAUGUCUCCUUGCUCCUACCAUGUGUCUGCACCGUCACCCUCUUGGUGGCCGCAACUUCGAGUCCUUCUCCGAGGACCCUCUCCUUACUGGCAAGAUGGCUGCCCGAGUUGUCGAGGGACUUCAAGAUAAGGGUGUCUCUGCCACUAUCAAGCAUUUCGCCGUCAACGAGCAGGAGACUGACCGAUUGACCGUGGACGAGACUGUUAGCGAGCGAGCUCUGCGCGAGCUCUACCUUAAGCCUUUCGAGAUCGCGGUCAAGGAGGCUAACCCAUGGGCUGUUAUGACCGCUUAUAACAAGGUCAAUGGUCACCACGCCGACUGUCACCCUUUCACAUUGAAGAAGGUGCUCCGAGGUGAUUGGGGAUGGAACGGUCUCGUCAUGAGCGACUGGGGUGGUACCAACUCGACCCCCGACUCUCUUGAGGCUGGUCUGGAUCUUGAGAUGCCUGGUCCUACCCGAUGGAGGAAGCCCGAGGACGUCAUUGCCGCCAUCAAGGAGGGCAAGACAUCCGAGAAGACUAUUGACGAGCGGGCCACAAACGUUCUCAGAUUCCUCGAGCGCCUCGGAUGCUUCAAGGACCCCACCAUCCCUGACGAGAAGGCCAUCAACAAGCCCGAGCACCAGGCCCUGAUCCGGGAGGCAGGCUCCAAGGGUAUCGUUCUCCUCAAGAACGAGGACCAGAUCCUGCCCCUGUCUAAGGAGAAGGUCAAGGGCAAGAAGAUUGCCUUGCUUGGACACGCCAAGAUUGGUCUGGCCCACGGAGGUGGCAGCGCUUCUGUUAGCGCUCACUACAAGGUUACACCUUGGGAUGCUCUGCAUGAGGCUCUCGGUGACAGCGUCGAGUUCUCAUACGCCAAGGGCGCUCACACAUUCCGCACUCUCCCUGCCAUUGCCGAAAAUGUCGUCGGUCUUGAUGGCAAGCCCGGCUUCACUUUCAAGUACUACGAGCCCGGUAGCUCUGAGGCUAUCGAGACCCGACAUGGCCACGCCGACUCAGAGGUUUCAGCCCUUGGUAGCUUCGGAUUCCUCAACAAGGAUAUCUCGCUUGAAGGCGUCUUCACUCCCCAGGAGACGGCUCAGUACUACUUUACUUGUUCUGGUCUCGGGCCAAGCAAGCUUAUUAUCGAUGAUAAGGUUGUGUAUGAGCAGACCGAGAACUGCACUGAUGCCAUGGGCUUCCUCUUUGGCGGUGUCGCUGCCCCUGAGUUCAAGGUUGCCCUCGAAGGCGGCCGUCAAUACAAGCUGCUUCUGCGCACCUCACCCCCAGCUGCCAACGACCGCGAGGAUCUCGGUAUUCUGGAGGGACUUUGCGGUCUCCGAGUUGGAUCCAUGUCCGAGACGGAGCACGACCGUGACCUUCUCUCGGAAGCCGUCGAGGUGGCCAAGAAUGCUGAUUAUGCCGUCAUCUUCACUGGUCACGAGCCCUUCUGGGAGACUGAGGGUCAGGACCAGGUUAGCUUUAACCUGCCUAAGGACGGUAGCCAGGAUCGCCUCAUUUCUGCCGUCGCUGCUGCCAACCCCAAGACUGUCGUUGUCAACUCGACUGGUGUUGCGAUUGCCAUGCCCUGGCUGAACGAGAUUCAAGGUUUCCUUCAGACCUGGUAUCCCGGCCAGGAGUGCGGUAACUCGAUUGCGGAUGUCUUGACUGGUGCUCAAACCCCUGAGGGUCACCUCACCUGCACAUUCCCCAAGAAGAUCGAGGACUGCCCGGCGUACGGCAACUUCCCUGGAGAGUACGACAACGGCAAGCUCAAGGUCACAUAUAAGGAGGGUGUCUUUGUAGGCUACCGCCAUUUUGACCGUCUGCCUGCCGACAAGGUCAACUUCCCCUUCGGCUUCGGUCUCUCGUACACCACGUUCGACUUCUCUGGCCUAGAGGUCAAGGAGUCCGGUGAUGGUUACACUGCCAGCCUGAAGGUAUCCAAUACUGGUGACGUUGUUGGAGCCAUCGCCGUCCAGGUCUACGUCGGCGCCGCCCAGACCGCCGAGGAGAACCCCGUGAAGCAGCUUGUUGCCUUUGAGAAGGUGACUGUCAAGCCUGGCGAGACAGCGUCGGUGGAGGUACCCGUACGCACACGAGACUUUGGCUUCUUUGACGAGGCGAAGCAGAAGUGGGUUGUCAAGGGUGGAGAUUACAAGUUUUUGAUUGGAAAGUCGGCGCGUGAUAUUGUGUUGGAGUCGACGGUGGCUGUCAAGGAGCAGUCGUUUGACCUUUAG